CCCGUCUGUUGUCCUCCGGUAGUUUGGGUUGUUUGUAGUGAGUGUACGGCGGCGGGCCGUCUGAGGUUAGCUCCCAGGGAGUGGAGAGGGGAUCUGGAGCUUAACCCCGUGCAGCGAGAUGGACAUUUUGAGAUCAGAGAUUUCCCGGAAGCGGCAGCUGGUGGAAGAGAGAAACCUGUUGGUGGAAAAUAAAAAAUAUUUCAGACGUAGUGAACUUGUGAAAAAAGAGGAGGAGGCAUAUUUUGAAAGAUGCGGCUACAAGCCUAUAAGUGAGAAGCCAUCUGGAGAGAUACAGCCAAAAGAGGAGGACCAGAAACCACUAACUUCAUCAAAUCCAGUAUUAGAACUUGAAUUGGCAGAGGAAAAAUUACCCAUGACUCUUUCUAGGCAAGAGGUUAUCAGAAGGUUAAGAGAAAGAGGAGAACCAAUUAGACUAUUUGGAGAAACUGAUUAUGAUGCUUUUCAACGUUUAAGAAAAAUAGAGAUCCUCACACCAGAAGUUAAUAAGGGCUUGAGGAAUGAUCUGAAAGCAGCUUUGGAUAAGAUUGAUCAACAGUACCUCAAUGAAAUUGUGGGUGGUCAAGAACCUGGAGAGGAAGAUACACAAAAUGAUUUGAAAGUUCAUGAAGAAAACACGACAAUUGAAGAGUUAGAGACACUGGGGGAGUCUUUAGGGAAAGGCGAUGAUCAUAAGGACAUGGACAUCAUCACCAAGUUCCUGAAGUUUCUUCUUGGUGUUUGGGCUAAGGAAUUGAAUGCCAGAGAAGAUUAUGUGAAACGCAGUGUUCAAGGUAAACUGAACAGUGCUACUCAGAAGCAGACUGAGUCCUAUCUCAGACCACUUUUCAGAAAGCUCCGGAAAAGGAAUCUUCCUGCUGACAUUAAAGAAUCAAUAACAGAUAUUAUUAAAUUCAUGUUGCAGAGGGAAUAUGUAAAGGCAAAUGAUGCUUACCUUCAGAUGGCCAUUGGAAAUGCUCCCUGGCCUAUUGGUGUCACUAUGGUUGGUAUCCAUGCCAGAACUGGCAGGGAAAAGAUUUUUUCUAAGCAUGUUGCACAUGUUUUAAAUGACGAAACUCAACGGAAAUAUAUUCAGGAUAAUCUCAAGCCAUAAAGAUCCAGGUUGACUGUGGGCAGCUGGAAUUGCAGAAAGCAACACUGCACAUGCGGGAGGACUGCUGUGUACUAAAUAGGACAUAGCACAGCAGGAUAGAAGUUCACACCUGACAACCACUAGUGGUUAAGGCCUUCACCUUCACUAAAUAAAUUGAAAACCUGCAUAUAUUAUGGAAGACAGGGUAAAGUGUCCGUUUUAAUUGCCUUAUCACUGAAAUCUAAUUAUUACAGAUAGCUUUUUUUUUAAAGACUACUUUUUAUAAGUUUAACUUAUAUAAGCAAGUUAAAUGAGCUCAUCAGAUAAAUUUAUGAAUUUAGUAAAAAGCAACAAAUUUAGAGUAUUUUAUACUAAAUCCUGCUUUGUUUCUUUUAAAAUGGAUAUACUGUCUACUAGGUUGAAGCAAUAUGGAGAAUAUGGACUUGGCUUUAAUGCAUAGAAUCAUUUUUAAGUAGCAUAGAAUGAUGCUUCCAUAAUUGUGUGACAAGAUCUAAAGUGUUCUAGUUAUUUUAAAGUUAUACAUGCUUCAUAUAAACUUGUUUGCUUUGUUGUUGGGCUAAACUUUUCUCUUUGGGAAAAAAAAUCAAUUUAAUCUAGCUUUGCGAAAUUGUCAUAAAUCGCAGAUUGUGUCUGUAUAAUGAUUUGUGCGGAUGGAAAUUCUAAAACUUGAAGUUGAUACUGUGAAAAUUUACUUAAAAUUUAAAGUUCACUUAAAAUGCAUAAAAUGCUUUCAGAUUUUAUGCCAGAGAGGUUAUUACCAUAUUCAUGAAUUAGCUUAUUGUUUGUAUUUCAGUUCCAAGUGCUGAAAUUUAAUUUGUGUGUCAUGCUUUAUGCCUUAUUCACAUAUAUUAGCAUUUUAAAAAAUGAUCUCAAUCUAACUCUUGAAUGUGAAUUAUAGACUUUAUAAAGUUCAAAUAUACUUGUGCAAAUUCAAGCACAUUUCUAUUUCUUAAUAACCACCAGUGACAGGAUUAAAGGCAAAAUCUUUUAGUUAAAAAAGAAGUUGUUUGGUUUUAACAAUAGAAUACAGUUUCAAGGAUUAAAUUUGCUAAUUGUGUUCAUCUGGUCUGUGGUUAGAGCUGUAAUGUAUAAAUGUUUAUGUAAUUAGAUAAAUUUUUUUAAGGACAGCAUAUUCUUUUUG